UAUGCCUUGGCCCUGCGUCUGGAGCGAGCGGGAGCCGUGGUCUAUGCCAGCGACCGCAACGCUGAAGCCUUGGAGAAAUUGCAGGCCGAGCACCCGCAAAUUCGCAUCGCGGUAAUGGAUGUGAGUGAUGAGGGGGCAGUGCAAGCGGCCAUCACCCGUGCCAAAACCGAAACUGGCCGUCUGGAUCUGGUUUUCAAUAAUGCGGGCAUUUACGGUGGAGGUGAUUUUGCCCUGAUGGAUACCGCUUUCUGGCAGCGCUAUAUCAAUAUCAAUCUGUGGGGUGUGAUCUACGGCUCGCGUGCGGCCUACCAAAUCAUGCAGGCGCAAGGUUAUGGGCAUAUCAUCAACACGGCCUCGACUGCGGGACUGACCCCUGUAUCCCAACAAACUGCCUAUGUGGCUAGCAAACACGCGGUAGUGGGGCUGACUAUGGCCUUGCGGCAAGAGGCGCGCCCUUUUGGGGUGCGAGCCAGUGUGGUCGCCCCUGGUCUGGUGGAAAACUGUGCGGCUGCGCAGCAGUAUGCCGAUUUUGUGGUGUUGACCAGUGAUAACCCCCGUAACGAAGACCCAGCGGCCAUUUUGCACGAUGUCUCGAUUGGUUUGAAAAACCCCGCAGCGAAUAUUCUUGUGGAUCGGGCUGAGGCGAUUCGCUGGACUUUAAAUCAGGCAGCAGAUGCAGAUGUCGUGCUGAUUGCAGGUAAAGGUCACGAAAACUAUCAAGAGAUUGCAGGAGUGCGUCACCCAUCAAGCGCGUACCGCGUUGAAACUCAGACAGACCAAACAGAUGGAACGAGCAUGAUGAAGUUAGAACAAUUACAGCACUGGUUGCAACAAGCGGGUAUGGAAGGGCAUUUGGUUGGAGACUCCCAGAUCGUGGGAACCCGUUUGCAUACAGACACGCGCAGCAUUCAGCCUGGGGAUGUGUUCUUGGCGUUGAAAGGUGACAACUUUGACGCUAAUACGAUGCUGUUUGAAGCAAAAGGGCGCGGUGCAGUGGCCGCCAUUGCACAUGGUGGUUUGCAAGAGUGUGGUUUGCCUGGCAUUGAAGUGCCCAAUACACGAUUGGCUUUGGGGCAUAUUGCUGCGGGAUGGAGAGGGCAAUUUGAUUUGCCACUCAUUGCUGUAACCGGUAGCAAUGGCAAGACGACAGUAACGCAAAUGAUAGGCAGUAUUUUGCGUCAAUACGCUGGUGAUGCCGCCUUGGUGACGCAAGGCAAUUUAAACAAUGAAAUAGGCGUGCCGUUAACGCUUUUGCGCUUAGGUGCGCAGCACCGUAUUGGCGUGAUUGAGUUGGGCAUGAAUCAUCCUGGCGAGAUUGCUUACCUGGCCUCCUUGGUGCAAGCGCAAAUCGCCGUGGUAAACAAUGCCCAGCGUGAGCACCAGGAGUUUAUGCAAUCGGUGGAGGCCGUGGCGCAAGAAAAUGGAGCUGUUUUGCAGCACCUUCAGUCUAAUGGGGUUGCUGUUUUUCCUGCGGAUGAUGUGUAUACCAGCUUGUGGCGAGAUUGUGCUGGUGUGCACGAGGUUCAGACUUUCGCCUUGAGCGGCGCGGUACGGUACGCAGAUAUCAGUGCACAGGCCAAUUGGCUGCAAGGUCGUUGGACGGUGCAGGUGCAAAGUGUGCGCGGGGCAUUCGCCUACCAGCUGCACAUUGCGGGGCGCCAUAAUGUUAAGAACUCUUUGGCUGCGGUUGCCGCCUGCUUGGGUGCGGGGGUAGAUAUUCCACAAAUUGUAGAGGGUUUGGAGCAAUUCCAGGCCGUUUCUGGCCGCAGCCAAGCGCACGUAUUGCGCUUUGGUGGCUUGACCAUGGAUUUGAUUGAUGACAGUUACAACGCCAAUCCGGAUUCAGUGUGCGCAGCGAUAGAUGUUUUGGCUGAAUUGCCUGGGCCGCAUUUAUUGGUUUUGGGGGAUAUGGGGGAAGUGGGAGACAAGGGCGAUGAAUUUCAUGCUGAAGUGGGCGAGUUGGGGAGGCUGAACAUGCUGCUUAGUUUGGCUUCGUGGUUGCAGAGCCUAGGUGUUGAGUGGGGUUGGCUGCGCGUUUUUCAGUAUCUGACUUUUCGCUCAGUCAUGGCGGCUAUGACUGCUUUGCUGAUCGGGUUGCUCGCUGGGCCUGCUGUUAUACGCAAGUUGCUCAGUUUGAAGAUUGGGCAACCUGUGCGCGGCUAUGCCAUGCAAAGUCAUUUGAAAAAAAAUGGAACUCCAACCAUGGGUGGGGUGUUGAUGCUCUUGGCAAUAAGCAUUUCGACCAUAUUGUGGGUGGAUAUGAACAACCGUUUUGUUUGGGUUGUUUUGGUAGUGACUUUGGGCUUUGGCGCUAUUGGUUGGCUAGAUGACUGGCGCAAAGUGGUCAAUAAAGACCCGGAAGGGAUGUCUUCUGGCGAAAAAUUUUUCUGGCAGUGUCUGAUCGGAAUAUUGGCUUCGCUUUAUUUGGUCUUUAGUAUCUCAGAGAGUGGUGGCUCUCGUGUUCUGGAGCUGUUUCUCACCUGGGUGCGCUCUGGGUUUGAUGUGCACUUGCCAUUCAAGGCAGGCUUGUUGCUUCCGUUUUUUAAAGAAGUGAGCUACCCCUUAGGGGUCUUUGGAUUUGUUAUUUUGAGUUUUUUUGUGAUUGUAGGCUCCAGCAAUGCUGUGAAUUUUACGGAUGGUUUGGAUGGUCUUGCGGUUAUGCCUGUUGUCAUGGUAGGAGCCGCUUUGGGCGUUUUUGCCUACUUGACAGGCAAUAGCGUGUUUGCUAAAUAUUUACUGAUUCCCCACAUUCCUGGAGCUGGUGAGUUGUUGGUGUUUUGUGCGGCGAUGGCUGGGGCUGGGUUGGCCUUUUUAUGGUUUAACGCGCAUCCAGCCCAAAUUUUCAUGGGAGAUGUUGGUGCAUUGGCCCUGGGGGCAGGCUUAGGAACGGUUGCAGUGAUUGUGCGACAAGAAAUUGUGUUGGCGAUUAUGGGGGGGGUUUUUGUUGCGGAGGUGUUCUCCGUGGUUUUGCAAGUUGUGUAUUUCAAAUAUACAAAAUGGCGCUAUGGAGAAGGGCGGCGUAUUUUCAAAAUGGCACCUUUGCAUCAUCACUUUGAAAAAUCGGGUUGGGCAGAAACGCAGGUGGUUAUCCGUUUUUGGAUUAUUACCAUGCUGUUGUGUUUGGUCGGCUUGUCUACCUUGAAGUUACGUGAUGGAAACGACGCUCCCCCUAACACAGGCAACUGCAAAGGCUUUGGUUCUUGGCUUGGGCGCAAGUGGUUUAUCCAUGGCCCGUUGGUUGGCUCGAACGGGUUGUUGCGUCAAGGUGGUAGAUACACGAAGUGCGCCUCCUGGCUUAAAACAAUUGAG